AUGGCUAUCAGUGAGAUUCUUCUGGAAAAAAAGGAUUCUCUUUUGAUGGGAGAUGAUUACUGCAGAUUAUACCCUAAUGGUGAUGCUGUGUUCCAUCAGGACUCUGCCCCAUCGCAUGCAUCUAAGGUCACCCAGAAAUUCCUAACAGAUCAGCAAGUGCAAUUCCUGAGACCAGAACAAUGGAUUCCAAACAGUCCUGAUGCUGCACUAUGCGACUAUUUCCUAUGGGGACAUCUGAAAAACAAACUGAAUAACAGAAGAAUUUCUACAUUGAGAGGCCUUCAAAGAGCUAUUAGAGAAGAGGUGAAGAAAAUUCCCCAGGAAAUCAUUUUGCGGGCUUUAAAAUCCUGGCCGAAGCGUUGUAGACAAAUCUAUUAUGCCGGAGGUCGACAUAUUGAGAAACAUCGCUGA